UGUUUUGUCACACUUAAGUGGAGAAAAAUUUUUUGUCAAAACACGAUAAUUUUCACUUAACGAUAAUUUCCACUUUCAUGCGGAGACGUUAUCGUUUUACAAGAAAAAACAAGUUUAAGCAGAAGAUAAGUUCGAUUAUUAGCCCGGCGAUCAAUUCAGUUUCGACGUGGGUUGAAACCGUGUUGUUGUGGUUUCGGAAUUUUCCUGUAAUAAUUCUUUGCCUCGAAGACAAAUAUUGCUCUACACACAUAGCCAGCUAGUCGUUCAAACUAAUACGCUUUAGUGCUCACUGAUUUAAUCUUUGCAUGUUCGGUUAGCCCAUUGUCGUUGUGGUUUUAAAAUAUUUUUGGAGCCGCAAUCAGUUGCCAUGUUUUUAAUGUUUUUUUUUUUUUUAACCCUCCAGUUUAAACGUAUGAGUUUUAGUUUGUUACCAGCAAAGCAAGUAAGUUUGGAAAACUUUUAGGUGAAUUAAGUAACGUUCAUUUUGCUAAUGCGGCAUUUCACGAUUUGUUUACCACCUGCUUGUUUGCUUGAAGUCCUAUCUGCUUCUGAUUACGUCACCGAGGAACAUUAUAUAAUUUACGUUUUUGUUCUCAUUCUCAUGCAAAUUUAUUGGAUUUUUUACUCGUUGUAAAACCUCCACAAUUCUCAUGCUUGUGAUCAGCUAAGGAUGUUUUUGACCUGUUAAACGUGCCUAACACUUAAUAUUUAACGAGGAAACGCUUCAAAUCAUUCUCGCCUUACGCGGAAGCUGACGUCAAAUCGGCUGAGCACGUGGAGUGGACAAGAGACAAAACUAUCACGUCACCGAAGCAUUUACUUUCCGGCGUGGUUUAGUUUUAUUCAAGCAGAUGUAAAUUGAUGGCGAGACAUUCUACAGUUCCUAUCCGGCGAGAUCAUUUUACGGGCAAAUGUUUGUGUUUUUGGUUACCUUGGCCGGCAUCACCUUGCUACAAUCUGCUCGUGUUGUCACUAAAGGUGUUACACCGGAAAUACUAAAUAACGGAACUUCCCUUGAUAUCAAGGAUGACGACAUAGCUCAUUUUACGUGCACAUCACGUGGGGAACCCAGGCCUCUCGUUAGAUGGGAGAGAGAAGGAAUAGCAGUAAAAGAUAAAGACGAAGGCAUAGCUAUUUUGUCAAAAAGUAACGACAGUAUAGAAGAAAGUCAUCUAUUUAUAGCUGUUUCUGGAAAUGGGAGGCGUGGAAAGUAUAUUUGUGUGGCAAGCAACGAUGAAGGAGUUGCAAAACAGUCUUUCAACAUUAAACGUGAAACAGAUGAACUUUCAAUCAUAGAUGUCGCGGCAAUUUGCAUAUCGGUUGGACUGGCGUUGUUCUUUGUGUGUGCCAUUGGGUUUUUAUUGCGGCGCGGGGCAAACAAGAUUAAACAAUCCAAGAGGCGGCACAGAGCCAGAACGAUAUCACAGUCUAGUUCCUCGUGCCAGGAAAAUGGUGCCUUAAUCACGGACCUCUCGCUAGACAAGCUGACAAAUGAAAGUAGAAAUGGAACAAGACAUUCAAAGACUUUUACAACUUCGGUUUGAGCUUAUUUUAGCGAUUGCAGUUAUUAUAUUAGAGUAUUGGCGAAGACGUAGAGUGGAGGAUGCUUUAUGAUGUCGAUGUAUCACUUUGCAUUACAACGAAUAACGUUUCAUAAUGGUGUUUAGGAAGGACAUUUUAAUCGACUGAAGGGUAGCAAUUGAAUUACAUUCAUAGUAUGUGCUUUGGACAGUAUACGUAGAAGACAAGAAGAGUCUGAACAAACGAGGCAGGCCUAAGAGAGGGAGGGGAGGGUAAGAGAGAGUAAGAGGGUGAGAGUAAGUUCAGUUCAAUUUUAACCGCCACUGGUUCAGGCUUUUCUUCCGCCUCGUGAACUACAGAUUGUAUGGGUUUUCAGGGAUUAGCCUAUUAGGCUCAUAGGAUCAUCGCUUAGACAGGAGAUAAACUUUUUACUAAGCUUAAAUUUUGACUUUCAAGCCUCGCCUUCCAAGAAGGAAGAUUCAUUAUGUACAAGGUCUCCCCAUUUGUCAGUGACUUUUCAACCAUUAGACACAUGACAUGGCAAAAUUGAACGCUUUCAUUGCAUAUUUAGCUUGACCAAGCUUUUAAAAUAAUCUGGAUCUGCCAUGAUAAUUGCCGAAAUUCGAAGGUAAAAUAAAUUCAGAUUUUUGCUUUCGGCGACGCCCUCGACAUUUCUUACACUCCCUACUGGGUAUGGGGAACGGGUAGCUUUUGGUCUAUUCCAAAAUUACCGUGUUAGACUUUAUCACGGGAAACUUUUGUUACAUCCAGUCUUGCUUUAGAAAAUGGGUGUACCUUGAAUCGACUAAGAAAAAGCAACACUUAGGGGGAGUUCGUGCAAUUUACCACGCAUUUGUUUUACGUUGGAGGUUGAAAGUAAAAUAAGUCUUGCCGGGUUAAACUAAAGACCAGCCCAUGCUUGGUGCAUAAAUCUCUUUUUAGGUCUAUACGAGUUCAACAGGGAAAAACGUGCUUGCUUGAAGGCUGGUUUUUAACCGGGGGAGGGGGUACUCCCUUUAAUACCGAGAGGUGCAAGGAGGAGGCCCUUUUUCCGGCUGGAAGUAUUUAGAAAGGUAGCGUUUUCAUGAGUUGAAGUAUUGGAAAGGGUAGGAAAAACUGUCUUUCAGUUAUGUAAAGAAGCCUUUCAAAAUAACGCAUUUUGGUACUGAUUUUAGUGACGAAUUGCGGACGCCUUUUUAAUUAGCAUUUGAAUCAAUGAUCUAUUACGAUAGAAAUUUUCCUAUGUUGGGUAGCUAUCAUUUCUGCACGACUUUUUUAGCGUCGGUAAAAGCGCAUUGUAGGUGUGUGAAAGGACGGUUACCAUUGAAAGGGUUACACUUCUACCUUUUGUCAAAAUGGUAUAUAAAAGGGCAAGGCUUUCGACCUUGGGGCGAAGCCUCCCCGUAUGAAACUUUGCUGAGUACCCCCCCCCCCCGCCCGGUUUCCAAAUGAUAGCUUCAAAAAUAUGUGCAGGGAUCGUCGCAAUCAGAUGGAAUCCACUCUCCAGUGAUCGCUGCGACAGGUGCAAACGAUCGCUGAGUUAGACUUUGGAAACCUGUGUUUGUAGGGAUCACUCAAUUUUUCCCUUCUCCUGUAGCGAUCAAUGGAAACCAGUCCUCACCGGUGUUACUAUGCACAUGCCCCCCGAAGAAGGAAAGGCCGUGCCUUUCGGAAUUUUGAAUUUGAUUUGAUAUAGCUAUAAAACCGUUUAAUCGGCCUUUUCGUUUUUUCUCAGUUGGUGCAAAAGAGUAGCUUUACAUGCAACUGUCGGUCGAAUGACAUUGAAUGUGUCUUAACAGUUAUUUUUUGAGGAGGUAUUAAUUAUCUAUCACACAUACAUGCAUAUGGUGUAGGUAAAUUAUAUUUGUAACGAGUGGGAGGGCACAAUGCGCCCCUGUAGCCUCCUCCUCUUACUCAGACGUUCUUUGGGUUCGUCACGCAAUCUUUUUAUCGGAAAGAGAGACUACGUGACAAGUCAAAAGAACGGCAAUCUCGUUCCUAAGGUUUUCCCUUAAGUUCCGUCUUACUUGAAUUCGAACGUUUUAUACAAAAUAUACUUCAGAGAAUCUGUUUUUUAUCGACAAUAAAGUUUUCUUUCUUUAAACUUAGCUCCUUCACAUUAAAAACCAUAUUUCUCAGUGCUUUGCCACGGGCCAAGUGACACGCGCGUGCUGACUCGUCCCCAGUCUCAGCCUCCAUCUCACAGCACACCGGGAGUUUUCUCAAGAGAUAAGUGGGUACGAGUCGCGUGCGCCGUCUGCGUCUUUUCUUCGAGGAACAAAUUAAAUGUAUUUUAUAUUAAAAGAAUUAUAAAUAAAGCGGACUCAGUGCGAAGUGUCGCUAAUAUUAAGCCUUUCAUUCUCAAGAGUACUCUUGUUUAAAACGAGAAAAUUAUUUACACCCGCGUGAACUGGAAAGUACAAGUCGAUAGCUUUCAUUUAAAUAACUUGAAUGUAAAAAUGGAGUUCAUUGUAACCUGGGUGUGAAAAUAUUAAAGUAAGAAGCUAAGGUUUUAUUUUUAAUAUACACAUUGGUGAAUUUUAUUGUUUUAUAUUUAAGGUGGUUUCACGCCUGAGUGGCUGAAAAUAAAUAAUCAUCCUAAAUUAAAAGGAAUAAAUUAUUUUAGAAACGAAGUCUGUA